CCUCCUUCUCCUCCUCCCAUCCUCCUCUCUUUCAGCUCUGUGUUUCACCUGCGCUGCCUCACUUAGUCACGGACUUUGGUAUGUUUCGGACUUUCCACGCCUCUACCAAACACGAGUGACAUAUCUCGCGGGCCGUAUUUGUACAGCUCAGACCGACUUAAACUCCUCAUUUCUUGAAGCUCCGCGGACGCGUUCACAAACCCUGACAGUUUCUGUAAAAAGGAUGGAUUCUGCUGCUUUCCUGUUGCUGGCUCUCGUGAGCGCUGCGACUCUUUUCCAAGUGCGGGGUGCAGAGAGUGUGACUGCCUUGUAUGGAGAGACCAUUGUCAUACCAUGCAACGAUGGAGCUCCGGCACCAGCAGAUCUGAUGUUCGUCAAGUGGAAAUACGAAAAAGAUGAUGGCACUCCCGGCGAUCUGCUGAUCAAACAGGCCCGCAGCGAUGAGGUGACCGUUCAGGCCACAGACGAUUACGCCCAGCGGGUCAGCAUCAAUGACAAGCUGAGCCUGCUCAUCACCCAGGGCUCGCUCAAAGACCAGAAGACCUUCACCUGCAUGGUGGUGUCAGGCGCCAACCUCAUGGAGUACCCCGUCUCCGUCCUCGUUCACAAGAAACCAUCUUCAGUUGAAAUCAUGGACAAGUCUGCAGCCCUGCAGAAGGACAAACUCACAACGGUGGGAACAUGUUUUGCGGCAAAUGCAAACCCCGCAGCUACGAUCACAUGGAAGAAGAAUGGAAAGCCCCUGGUAGCUGAUGGGAAAGCCGUCAUAAUCACUCCCAGCUUGAAGUUGGAUCCAGCCACAGGCCUAUCCACCACCACCUCCACCCUCCAGUACGCAGCUUCCAAAGAGGACGCCACCGCAGUCUUUGCCUGCAUGUCCACACAUGAGCUGGCCACUGAGGAGGCUAACCUGGAGCCCUUUCCUGUUCACUAUCCAUCGGAGAAGGUGAGCCUCCAGAUUAUGUCCAAAGGACCCAUCAUUGAAGGAGAUAAUGUGACAUUGAAGUGUCAUGCUGAUGGAAAUCCUCCACCCAGCUCCUUCUACUUCCACAUCAAGGGUCGGAAAUUGCUGGUGGAAAAUUCGGACACCUACACUUUGACUGCCAUCAGCAGAGACGCCAGGGGUGAAUACAAAUGCUCCCUGUCUGACAACGAGAAAAUGGAGGAUUCCCAAAACAUCGUUGUUAGCUACAUGGACCUGAGCCUGACUCCCACGGGGAAGGUUGUGAAGAGGGUCGGGCAAGCCUUGCCUGUGAGUGUGGAGAGGAGCCCCUCGGAUGAAGCUAAAGAGUCAUGGACAAAGAAUGGAAUUGCAGUGAAGGAGCCGAAGUUUGACAACUUGACCUAUGCUGAUGCAGGAGUCUAUGUGUUAGAGGUUACUUUGCCUGGCCUCGUGAGACGUCAGAGCUUUGAACUGGUCGUAGAGGGAAAGCCUGUGAUCACCAGACUAAGCAAACAGCGUGCUGCUGAUGCCAGCUACAAAGUUCUGACCUGCGAGGCGGAGGGAGUGCCAGAGCCCAGCUUCCAAUGGAGCGUCAAUGGCACAGACGAGGAGAGUUCGUACACCAACGGCAAGGCUAUCCACAAAAUCACUGUGGUGCCCAGGGUGAAUCUGACUGUCACCUGCAGCGUCAUCAACAAGCUGGGAGAAGAUACCAACACUAUCAGUGUUGCCUCUGUUUUUAAGGAGGAUAAACAGGAAAAAGGCUCUCAGGAGGAAUCAGAGGACCAGUCGAAGCUCAUAGUGGGAGUGGUGGUAGGGCUCCUCAUAGCUGCUGCCGUGGUGGGACUCAUCUACUGGCUCUACAUGAAGAACUCAAGGCAGGGAAGUUGGAAAACUGGAGAGAAGGAGGUGGGAACAUCUGAGGAGAGCAAGAAACUAGAGGAAAACAAUCACACUGUUUAAGGCACUCAGGCUAUACUACGUGGGAUCAAAGAGGAAGCGGUUGAAAGCAGCCUUGCAACAAAAAAAAAACCCGCAGACUCCCAGUUGGCUGCUGACACACUCCAUCAGGCUCCACAUAAGCAGCAACAAUCAGAGACAUUUUCCGCCAAGUCCUGCCCACAGCCUGCUGUCCCACCUCACUGUUUGAAGUCUGCACUGAGGCCGCCUCGUGUUACUGUUUCUUUUUGUGUUUUUGUGUUCCUGGUGAAUGCUUCCCGUUCUGUUUUGUUUGAGCAAUUCUGCUCCGGCUGUGUGGUGGGCUCUUUUGCCCCGUUCUUUCUUCUUUUAGGAUUUUUUUAAAAUAAUUGUUUGUUCUUGAAUCUCUUCAAAGAAUGUAAAUCCCAUGUACACUUUUUAAGGCCUGUAUAAUUACAAUUAUGCGUGUGCCCUGGCUGAGCAUGCCAAUGUUUCUUUUAACUGUUUGUUUGUUUUGUUUUUUUUUGUUUUUGUUUUUGUUUUACUUUUUUGUGUGCUGUGUGGAAAGCCUUUGUUUGGCUGUGCUCAGAGGAAAAAAAGACACUUCACUGCUAAACAACCCUACUGAAAGAUAACCUCAACAUCUCUUAACCUGCUGACUCAUGUUCUGUGGUUUUCAAACACUGGCAAAUCUGAAAAUCUAGUUCAUUGAAACCCAUGACUAAAAGGAACUGGAUGUACAAUGAAUGGUUUCUAUACAUGUGUCCCCCAAAAAAUCCUAUUUAAUUUACAUCUACACUAAUUCCAUUUGUGUGGAUGUAAAUUGGACACACACAUUCAACCACUAAUAUUUUUUUUUGUAAAUUACAGUAAUUCCUCACGCUUUUUGUUACGCUUAAGAAAGAUUUUCUUUAUGUUGGUAAUAAUUUUAAAUGAAAAGGCAAAAAAAAAAAAAAAAAGAGGAAAAAUAAGAAAAGGAAAGCAAUCCUCGGAAAAGUGCAACAACUUGUAAGAAAUGCAAAAGUAUGUUCUGCCAUAACUUUUUUGCUGAGUUUGUUCACCUGUGAUACAGUUUAACACACUACAUUGUUGUCUUCAUGUCUUCACCUGUCUGCGCUGCAGAUCCUUUUUUUGUGUUUUUGAUGUAUUUAUAUUCUGUGUGCAACCUCCUUAGAUGGCGAUGCUGCAGCAUGCACAGUAUUUCUGUUUCUAAGCCCGCGUGGAAGGCAUCAUCAUGUGUUGAGAAUGUACUGUGUGCCAGAAGAGUUACAUGAGAGUGAAGAAGGCUAUACAGUGUCUGUGCUCAUUCUCUGCUGUAUUAUUAUGAUGUUAUUUUUAGCUCAGUGGUUUGAAGGAUAACCAAUACUGAAGUCAGUGGUGGAGACUGGCAAA